AUGACGUCGCACACGCUGGACCGCUUCGACUCGAGCAAGGAGCUCCAAGACGACUGCGCCUUUUGUCGGAUCGUUGCCGGAGCAUCGCCAGCAUACAUUGUCUACGAAGACGAACACAAUCUUGCAUUUCUAGAUAUCUUGCCGUUGAGACCGGGACAUACGUUGGUCAUUCCUAAGAAGCAUGUUCAGCAGCUAUCGCACUUGGAUGUGGAAACAGCUGCGUCUUUGUCAAAUGCGCUCGUACAGACGACAAGAGCUGUUGGCCAAGCACUGGGCGAUGAAAGUUUGCAAGUCAUCACGAACCAGAUUUACGCUCAGCUGGUUCCUCAUGUUCACUUUCACGUCGUUCCCGCUGCCUUACGGCCAAGUAGCAAUGACAAGGCAAGGAAAGCAGCCUCGAGCAACCCCCUGGCUGCGAUGGGACUCGGCCACGGACGCGAAGAGCUAGAUGACGAGGAAGCUGAGCAGCUCGCAGCCAAAAUUCGCCGGGCGGCUGGACAGCGGAAGGACACGAGGAAUGCAAAGUUGUGA